CAAAGGCAGGGCUGCGACAAGAGAUUGUAACAGAUGCGGCUUAUUAAAAAAAAUAAAUUCUUUGGUAUGAAUUGGAAGCGGAGAGAGCAGUGUAUUGUCGGCACCAAAUGACUAAUUUCUCUAUACAGUAACUUAAGCCUCCAUAGCUGGGCUGGAGGUCCUAUUCUUCUCUGUAGAUAUUUUGUGCUACAAAUCUGUUACUAUUUUAUGGUUUACAUGUUUAUUUCUCAAUUAUUUUUUACUAUUUUGUUUGUUAAUUCAGAAUAGAGCUGCUGGGUGUUUGCUAAUUUCUGUUAGAUGGGGAUUGAACUUCAACUUCAAAGGUUAUGCUGUGUGCUGAGCGUUAAAAAAUUGUUAUCAAUCUUUGGAAUUGUUAUAGCUGUUGUUGUGCUGCUAUCACAAUUACUUUCACUUCCAUAUGAAAAUUACAUGUCUCUUCUGUCAAAUGUGGAUGGAGUUGGGUUCGAAGCUGAAACUGGUUUGGCCACCAAUGAAAAGACGAGUAAAGUCGAAGUUGAUUCAGUGUUAGGGUUUCAGAAAUUGGGAACCAACACUUAUCCAGAAAAGAGAUUGAAUGCAAAUUCAACGAUAGGGUUUCAUUUGAAUAUAAGUACAAAUUCAAAUCAAGAAGGGAAAAUGUGGAAUCAAUCGGCUCGCAUAAUCAAUCAGGAGAAUGUGAUUGCAGAUACAGGGUUAAUGGAAAAUCAGGCAAUGGGUUCCGAUUCUAAUAUGUUACGAGCUGGUGCUUCUAUAAUGAAGAGUAAAAGAAGAAGACCGGCAUCGAUCUCCUACAUGAACUCUUUAGUGCAGCAGAAUUCUAGUAUUAGUUUUGUGAGAUUACAAUGGCGUUCUGCACGUGAAGGGGAACUCCGAAAUGCAAAGCUUAAGAUUGAAAGUUCUCCGAUAAUGAGAAACAUUCCAGAAAUUCAUGCAUCUAUCUUUCGAAAUUAUUCCAAGUUUAGGAGGAGCUAUGAGCUGAUGGAACGCGUCCUUAAAGUUUAUGUUUAUAAAGAGGGGGGAAAACCAAUAUUCCAUCAGCCGUAUAUGCGAGGUAUUUAUGCUUCUGAAGGGUGGUUCAUGAAACUGAUGGAGAAGAACAAACAAUUUCUUGUGAAAGAUCCCGAAAGGGCUCACUUAUUUUAUUUGCCUUUUAGUUCUCUGAAGCUACGAGAAGCUCUAUCAAAAGAAAAUUUUACUCACCAGAAAGAUUUGGAAAAUCAUCUGAGCAAUUACAUUGGAAGAAUUUCUAGAAAAUAUCAUUUCUGGAAUAGAAGCAGAGGAGCUGAUCAUUUUUUUGCUGCUUGUCAUGAUUGGGCACCCCGACUCACAAGGAAGAACAUGGAAACCUGUGUUAGAGUCCUCUGCAAUUCAAAUAUAGCAGGAGGCUUCAAGAUAGGGAAGGAUGUCUCUCUGCCAGUAACCUAUGUUCGUUCAGCUGAAAACCCGCUUAAAGAUUUGGGAGGAAAUCCUCCUUCAGCAAGACCUGUGCUUGCCUUUUUUGCUGGAGGUAUUCAUGGUUAUCUCCGUCCUAUCUUAUUGCAACAUUGGAGUGACAAAGAACCUGAUAUGAAGAUUUUUGGGCCUAUGCCUCGUGAUCCUGAGGGUAAAGCAAAAUAUAGGGAACUUAUGAAAUGCAGCAAAUAUUGCAUCUGUGCCAGGGGUUAUGAAGUCCAUACUCCAAGAGUUGUGGAGUCCAUACACUAUGAGUGUGUACCUGUAAUCAUAUCAGAUAAUUAUGUGCCACCUUUCUUUGAAGUUUUCGACUGGGAAUCAUUUUCCGUCUUUGUUUUGGAGAAAGAUGUUCCAGACUUGAGAAACAUCCUCCUUUCAAUCCCUGAGGAGAAGUACAUGAAGAUGCAGCAUAGGCUGAAGAUGAUUCAACAGUAUUUCCUUUGGCACAAAAAUCCUGUAAAGUAUGACUUGUUUCAUAUGAUCCUUCAUUCAAUUUGGUAUAACAGGGUACUUCAGGUAAAAUCUAAAUAAGGAUGUCAAAGGACUUGAGGUUUUUUUAUAUGGAGGGGCAUCGGUAGGAGCAAAUCCAGAUAAAGGACUUAACAGAGAGUAACGAGCAGAGAAGACACAGAUUUCCCAGAUGAUUUGAACGAUCAUAUGCAGUACGAGAUGUGAUCAAAUUGUGUUUUAUACAAGAAGAAUGUUCCUGCCUGGUAGCUUCUUAAGCUUAACUAGUGAAUUGCUAUCAUUUGCGAGCUGAAGUAAGCACAGAAUGUUCCUGCCUGGUAGCUUCUUAAGCUUAACUAGUGAAUUGCUAUCAUUUGCGAGCUGAAGUAAGCACUAAGUGGUGAUCCCGGAUGGUAUCCUUGCCACCCCCGUGUAUACUUGUAUAAUGCUCGCUCUGAUAAUUUACCUAUCAUUGCCAUUUGAUCUUUCCACUUUCUCCUUCUCCAGGUAAAAGUGGAAUUUAUGACCCCGGAUGUAUUACAGUCCUUUCUCUGGACCCUGCGGGAUGCUUAGUGCACCGGUUGCCUCCUCUUUUUUUUUUAUAUAAUAAUAUUUUUGCAUACUUGCUUAUGGAUACAAAAAGAUUGUAGCGAGAGUUCUUUGAAUGGCUGUUUAGGUUGCUUACCAGUCCAUAAUUCGCACUUACUUUCUACCAGAACUGUCUUUCUCUGUUUUGGCAUUUCAUUGAUCCAAGAGAAUGGAGGUUGAUUUUUUUGGGUUCAAGUGAAGUGUGAAUGAGAAAUAAGAAUUGGGAAAUGGGGGGACCAAGUGAAGGGAAAAUGAAAAGUCAUUUUUCUCUUAUUGGUAGAAGAAAGGAAAUUUUUUGUCCUUAUAUUAAGAAAUAUAUUCUUAA